AGCACACACGGAACCACACCACACUGCAGCCCUGGGCUGGGUCACCGUGGGCGGAGGAGGACGGAGUGUUGAUGUCCGAGGGACGCGUGUUUCCGGUGUGGCGGGGCAUCGGGGGGAGCGGUGGGGGCAGCGGCGCCGGCGCCUGGAGUCGGACCUGGGAGCGCUGCCUGCGAUGGGAGCCUGGACAGGGAGCCCGCAUCCCCAUGUUUGACGGCCCCACAUGGUUGGUCCUGUGCCAGGGGGGGCGAGCCCGGAUCAUGGAGGUCUGUCAGAGAGGAAAGGGGGCCAUCAGACUGCCCACGGACAUGCUCAGUAUCAAACUGCCUCAGAUCUUCGAUGUCCACCAGGUCCCCAAGGUUUUCUGGGAGGACGGCAUCAUAUCUGGUUACCGCCAUCCUCACAGCUCAGCCUUGGACUGUGUCCUGAGCAGCUUCCAGAUGACCAACGAGACCAUGAACAUCUGGACCCACUUCCUACCCACAUGGUACUUCCUGUGGCGUUUCGUCAUCCUCUGCUCCACCCUGACCUCCCUGAGUGACAGCUACACCUGGCCUCUGCUGGUCUACAUGCUGCUCAUCUGCGUCUAUCCCUUCACCUCCAGCUGCGCUCACACCUUCAGCGCCAUGUCCGCAGAGUCCUACCACAUCUGCUACUUCUUCGACUAUGGAGCUUUGAGCCUCUACAGCCUGGGUUGUGCCAUGAGUUAUGGGUCGUACAUGAUGCCUGACAGCUGGGUGAACAGCUGGCUUCACCAACACUUCGUCCCCAUCGCUGUUGGAAACUCAGUGUUCUGCACCAGUCUAUCCUGUUAUUCCAGGUUCUUGGAACUUCAGUGUCCUCAGAGGAGUAAAGCCCUUCGGACGGCGGCGUUUGUAGUCCCCUUCAUAUUCGACACCGUCCCCCUGUUCUACCGGAUCCUCCUGUUCUUUGGCGGUGGCUCCACUGACCACCUGUCCAACCACUGUUACCACCUGCUCUUCGCCGUUCUCUCCUGUUUCCUGUUUACGUCCCACCUACCGGAGAGGCUGGCACCAGGACGCUUCGACUACUUUGGUCACAGCCACCAGCUGUUCCACAUCUGCACGGUGGCGGGGACCCACUUCCAGAUGGAGGCCGUCCUAGCAGACAUGACAUCGCGGAGGGCGUGGCUAACGGCCCAGGGGGCCACACCCUCCUUCCUGGGGACGUUUGGGGCGCUGGUCGUCAGCCUCACACUCAACCUGGGCAUCAUCGGGAUCUUCAGUGCUCCGUUGCUGCGGAAACCACGCAACCAGCCACAUGUAACCACAGCAACAGCAUGUGAGUCCAAGGAGCAGUGAGGGAGGAGCUGUUUCCAGAAGCAGCGAAGGGCGAGCGCGUCCUGAAGGAGGAGGUGUUUGGUGUGUGGAAGGCGUCAGCGUGCUCACCAGUACAUGUUUGUCCAUGUUCAUGCUUGUGUGUUUACUCAGAGGCUGAAGACCCAGUGUCUAUUAAGCUUGUUUGUUACGUACGUUAAAAAACAUAUCAAACCAAGGGCAAAGGUUUAGUCCUAGCCACGGUAGGGACCCCCCCCGAUCUGUAUGUAUGUCUAUCAAUAUGAAAUUAUCCUUGCAGCGUUGAAGAACUUCUAACUACGUUUACAUGAAACUACCUCAGCUGAAGCUCUGAAUAUCCAGCUGCUUCUCCUUCAACCCGUCUACAUGAUUUUUCCGUUCGCGACGUUUCCCCGUAACAAACCUUUAGCUACUGGACUGAAGUGGCGUCCUUUCCCCUUGUUCCCAACAGGACCUUAUUUUGGA